UCAACCCUAGCAAUGGAAGAAGAUGAACAAAGACAACAAGUGUCAGAGUCGAAUUCAAUGACUUCUGCAACUCUGGGUCGUGUUAUGAACACAUUGCUUACUUGUAAGCCUAAGAAGCUUCAGGAAACCAUUUCUCAUCUUGAACCUUCUCCAAAAAUCGCACCUAUUGGUGUUUCUUUGGUACAGUCUUUAUGGUUCCUUUCCAAGUAUGUGAAGGAUGCUGCUGAAAAGGAGUCGUAUUUGGACCAAGUUCUUGUUCCUAUGAUUCAACAUUCAUUGAGAUUCACGGGGUCAAAACAUGGCAACCAAGUGAUGAUACUUCUCAAUUGGCUUUUUGAGGACGAAAUAAGUUUCCAGGCUCUAGCAAAUGAUCUAAAAUCCAUUUUAUCAAGGAAAGAGGAUCGUUAUAUAUCCCUUGGUUGGUGUACCCUUGCACGAAGUCUUAUUGAAUUUGAGGUUACUAUGGACAAGCUCGUUACACGUGGGGUUCGAUGUAGAUACGAUGCACUUCUGAAGAUUUUCUGCACAUGUAUGUCCCAUCUUGUGUCUAUUGUAUAUGACGGAAGCACAGUGCAGGGGGAAUUUGAGUUGCCAACUCGCCUUUCAGUGGCUGCUGCUGAUCUAGUUCUGUCUCUUACAGAGGCAUUAGCAAGAACUAAUUCAGUGUUCAACUGCUCAGAUGACAAGCGUAAGGCAGCUGCUACUGGUGAAAGAAAUCUCCCGGUCAUGUUGUUACCUUCUACACCGACUAAGAAGAAAGUGAACAACAUCAGUAAAUCCUCAGAUUAUGAAGGCAUGGAAAUGAAGUUGCUACUUUGGGACCAUUUGGAUAACCUCAUAAUUCUUGUAGAGAGACUUACAGCUUGGAGCAGAAAAUGCAGGCCUUUGCAUGCAAAGGCAUUAGAGAGAGUUUGUAAGUGGUUGCGGGGGAUGCAGGAAAAUUAUAUUCACGAACAAACCAAGGCAGAUUCAGAAAUGCUGAAGAGAGGGGUGUUACUUCUCUCCUCUUGUUGGAAACAUUAUGGCAUGUUGUUGCACUUGGAAGAUAACAAAUUCCCUCAGCAAUAUACAGAAUUAUUGGAGCAGUACUUAUCCGGGAUUCAGUUUUAUGCAGAUAAUUAUGCUGAAGAGUCUCCUAGAAACAAAGAAAGUGGAAGAGAGACCAUCAUAUUUUUCCUGAAUUGCCUUGCCCUUCUGUUGGGCCGUCUACAUGGAAAGCAGUUUGAAACUACCAUUGAGGAAUAUGGAUCUCGGCUAUCUGAAGCUAUCAUAUCUCAGCUUAAUAGUGUGGAUGAUGAAGUAAUUGACAGUUCACUCUGCAUCUUCAAAGCUGUCAUCUUUAGGACAAAUAGUAGUUUGUCUAAACAUUCUGCAGACAUUAGACAGAUUAAUGUUCUACUGCCAAUGUUACUAGACCUUUUGGAUGAACGAGACAGUGCAGCAAAAGCUGUUAUAAAGCUUUUGGCUGAGUAUUGCUCCAUAUCCUCAGAUACUCAGUGCUUGGGAGAAAUUCUCAAGCGUCUUAUUUCCGGGAAUGUUUCACAGAAAAGAAAUGCUGUUGACUUCAUUUCAGAUCUUAUCCAUAUGUCUAUGCAAUCAGAUACCGUGCUUCCUCCUCCUAUCUGGCAGCAUUUAUCAUGCCACCUAUUGGAGUUUCUCCAAGAUGAACAAAUGGUAAUUAGUACACAGGCUUCCAGUUUGAUUCCUUUAAUAGACCCUUCAUUUACUUUGCCUGCACUAGUUUGUCUUAUUUACUCGCCACUUGAAAGAGUACACUCAUUGGCAAGUGGCACACUCAUUGCGUUAUUGAAGAAUUACAAGCAUAAUCCUGAUGUUAUAUGCCUGCUGCUCGACUGUCUGAGCAAACCCUCAGAGAACCCAGACAUAUGUGAUGCUGCUGAUGGUGUAGAAGGAAAAAAGACUGAUAUUGAUAGAGUGCUGAAGCUGCUUCCUGAGUGGUCGAAAAUGGUUGAAGAUUGGAAGGUGAUGAUUGGACCAUUGAUUGACAAGCUUUUUGCUGAGCCAUCAAAUGCAGUAAUAGUCAGGUUCCUAAGUUCCAUAAGCGAGCACCUGGCAAGUGCAACAGAUUUUGUUUUUCAAAGGAUUAUUUCUUACUCACGAAGGCAGAAGGACAGUCCUGAUGAGGGUGUGUAUCCGAACUAUGAUGCUCCAGAAGGACAGAUCGAUCUUUUUAAACGUCUCUGCCCAUUGCUUGUAGUGAGGUUGCUUCCAUUGCAAGUAUUCAAUGAUCUUAACUCAUCUGCUUUGUAUGAUGAACUUCCAACCAAACUUGCACAUGAUGAUGAAUGCUUGAGAACUCAAAGCACAGAAUGUGUGGCAGGACUUCUUAUCAACAGGGCAUUGAGCAAGUUUGAAUUUGAAGAUGUUCGUAGACUUGCAGCCGAGCUGUGUGGGAGAAUUCACCCUAAGGUUCUCAUUCCAAUAAUGUCUUAUCAAUUGAAAAAUGCCACUAGUGCGAAGGAUUUGUUGAAGAUAAAAGCUUGUCUAUUUUCAAUUUGCACAUCUCUCUUGGUAAAUGGCACAGAUGCAUAUGCGCAUCCCGACAUGUUCUGGAUUUGCAAGGCAACAGAGACUAUUUUAUUAUGGCCUUCGGUAGAUGGGGAUGAUAUUUCAAAGGCACAACAUGGGUGCAUCGACUGUUUAGCAUUGAUGCUGUGCACUGAAUUGCAAGCUACAAAAGCUGUCAAGAACUCAAUAUCGAUUGAGGUUUGUUUUGAGCAGAGCAUCGUCUCUUCAGGCGAUUCUCUCACAAAAGGCUCAGUCUGUAGUUACGUGAUCCACCACUUGGUUUGUGGUGAAGAUAUUUCUGUUAUGUUGGGUAGAAAUGAGGUGGUAAAAGCCCACCACUCUUUUCGGUUGUGCAUGGCAAAUGUGCUGAUUAGUGCUUGUCAAAAGGUUCCUUGUGCUAGCAAGAAACCAUUUGUUUCCAAAAUUCUUCCUCGUGUCCUCCAUUCUGUCGAGGAAAUUGCAAAUUCAGAAGUGAGGUCUGCAUGUAUCCAAGUAUUUUUCUCAAUGGUGUACCAUCUAAAGUCUCUAGUUCUUCCUUACUCUUCCGAUCUUCUCAAGGUGUCCAUAAAGUCGCUUAGAGAAGGAUCGGAGAAGGAGAGGAUUGCUGGUGCCAAGUUACUAGCAUCUUUAAUGGCAAGUGAAGAGGCAGUCUUACAGAAAAUUUCUGGUGGGCUUGUGGAUGCCAGAACAUUGCUUCAAGAUAUAUGCUCUUCAGAUCUUCCAUUGGAUGUAAGGAAAAUGUGCCAGAGAUUGCUUGUAUGUUUGACCUCUUUGUAAAUACUUGUGUUCUUUGUCGCCAUCGUUUACUCAAUUGUAGUAUGCCCCUGUAA